UUUCAAUUGGCAAUGUAACUGUAGGAGUCACUGACCCAUUUGCGACAGACGCCUUUUUAACAGAGUCUGAGUUUUUAAAACGUUACUUUUCAAGCUGGACCUACCAACAAAUUGAAUCGUCUUUCCUAGAAAUUCACAAUAAUGAAGUACAUAUUAUUUUUCUUCUGUGUUACAGUUGUGUUUGCAAAAGGCAAGCAAGUUGAUGUUACCCACAAAGUCUUUUUUGAUGUUUCGACAGAUGGGAAGAAACUGGGAACCAUUGUAAUCGGCUUAUUCGGUAAGACUGUCCCGAAGACUGUCCAGAAUUUUGUCACAUUUGCUGGAGAAGGUUACAAAGGCAACAAAUAUGAAGGAACUAAGUUUCAUAGAGUGAUUAAGGAUUUCAUGAUUCAAGGUGGUGAUACUGUAACUGGAGAUGGCAGCGGUUCUGUAUCAAUCUAUGGAGGGAAAUAUUUUGAUGAUGAAAACUUCGACUUAAAGCAUUCUGGCCCAGGAAUAUUGAGCAUGGCCAAUGCUGGCAAGAACACCAAUGGAUGUCAAUUUUUUAUCACUACCGUAGCCACCCCUUGGUUGGACGGACAUCAUGUUGUUUUCGGCAAGGUUUUGCAGGGCAUGGAUAUUGUGAGCACCAUUGAAAAUCUCAAGACCACCCCAGAAGACAAGCCUGUAAAAGAUGUUGUCAUAUCGCGCUCUUUCUAUGAGGAGGUUAAGGGACCAUUGAAAGUCCAUUUGGAUCUUUAAUCCUUUACUUUUUCCAGCCACCGGACAUGAGGGUAUUGCUGUUUACCAAAUGGAUGAAAACUAAUGAGCUGCCAGUACUUAGCACCAUUUGUCUGGUCAAAGUCAAAUAAGGUUUAUGGUUUACAAAACACAAGCAUUUAUUUUUAAAAUUUGCAGUUACUGUAAGACUACAAAGAAAUUUGUUUAAAUCAAUCUGUUUUUGUUUUUUUUUAAUAUUUAAAAAUAUAUAUUGUUUUUUAUUUUUCAAUAUUACAAAAUUGAAAGGUUAAGCCCAGUUUAUUACUUUUUUAAAAAAAAAUUUAAGGACAAUCACCUUUUU